CCCAAUUCCCUGAUCCAGCAUGACCCGCGCUGAGCUGCUCGACGACAGCGAGGACUUGGCACAGUCGCUCGUCGAUGUGCUCGCCGUCAUCUUCUCGCGCUUCUGCGCACCGGCGCCCGCACAGCCGCUGCGCCUCGGCGACCAGCCGCCGGCCGACGGCGCGCUGGACAGCGAGGCGCUCGACCGCUGGGCCACCGCCACGAACGGACAGCCGCUGCCCGAGGACCAGAAGGAGGAGAUCACAGAGUUCCUCGACUGCGACGACGAGGGCCGCCUGACAUUCAAGGGCUUCGUGGAGAUGUACCACCUGCAGACAACUGCGGAGCCAGACGAGACAUGGCGGGACCUCAAGGCGCAUGGGUUUGGAGAGGACCUGAAGCCGCUGGCCAAUGGCAAGAAGGACGAGGACACAGCGGACGCGCGCAAGGAGGGCGAGGGCAAGAAGGACGAGAGCAAGAAGGACGAGAGCAAGAAGGAAGAGGGCAACAAAGAGAAGGCGUCUGAUGAGCCAGCAAUGGCAUCACUCUCCCUUUCUUCGCGUCCAACCACGCCUGCAGAUGAAGCAGGCGACGUGUCCAGCCUCAUCGCGCAGCUCGAGAAAUUCGCCUCCUCGGAUGCAGCUGCGAGCGACGCUGGUGAUGAACCUCCUGCUGAGGAGCAGCGCGAAGCGGCGCAGCAGCUGGCCGACGAGGUGGCCGCGCUGCAGUCCAUCUACGGCGACGACUCGCUGCACCUGCUCUCCUUUGCCUCGUCUGCCGGGCCGAGCAGCGCUGCAUCGACAAGUGCGGGGCCCUGGAGGCCCGGUCAGCGGCUGCGCUUCGCCAUCUCCACCACAGUCGAGCCUCCAGCACGAGCCGGAGUCGAGGACGAGAGCAUUCCGAUCCGGCUGAGCGCCACCCUGCCGGCACACUACCCAGCCUCUGCCUCGCCGCCGCAGCUGCAGCUGCUCAGUCGCUAUGUCGGCGACGAGAGUGUGGACCACACGCUCUUCGGACAGGUGCUCAAGGCGUACUUGCACUCAUCGCCAGCCGACGGCGUGGCUUUCACGCGCGGCGAGGUGGCACUCUUCGAGGGCACGGAGUGGGUGCGUGAGCGGAUCGCAGCCUGGUACGCUGCACGAGUGGCAGAGCGGACAGCGAAUGGCCGAGCCAGCGCUCCUGCUCCGGCACGGCAAGAGCUCUCGCAGGCGUCGACGAGCAUUGCGCAGGACGCUCAGCCGUCGCAGCCGGGAACGACGACGUUCGACGACGAUGCUAGCUCCAGACAGCCGCUGCCGAAGAUCUUCAGUGCGCCGGCAUUGACCGAGCGCAAGAGUGUCUUUGUCGGCCACGCCGCUCGUAUCACCUCGCCGGACGAGGUGCCACGAGUGCUCGCCAGCCUGCUCGCAGACCGCAAGGUGGCGCGUGCCACACAUCCAGCCAUUCACGCAUGGGUGUGCCGGCCUGAGGGCGCCGCAGCGCUGCAUCGUGACUGCGACGAUGACGGCGAGAGCGCUGCGGGCGGACGCCUGGCGCACCUGCUUGACGUCCUGGGCGUGGAGAAUGUGCUGGUCGUCGUGACCCGUUGGUACGGCGGCAUUCACCUCGGAGCAGACCGCUUCAAGCUGAUCAACCGCGCGGCUCGCGAUGCGCUCGAGCUCGCAAGCGUCGUCGACGGACCACUGAACCCGGAGCACGGCGUCGCUGCGAAAGGAGCCGGCAAGAAGGGCGCCCGGAAAUGACAGAGCGGUGACAUUUACCCUUCUUCCUCUGCGUGACGGAUCGCUACCACAGCGCGCCGCUCGACUCCCACGCCGCUGCGCCUCGCUUGCGUGGUGACUGUGCAGCAGCUGCAGCAGCUGCUACCUUCACCGGCGGCUGCGGCGGCGCCGAUACUGUCGCUGGCUCCGCAUCUGCAGCGGGCUGGGGGUGCUCCUGCGCAUCGG